AUGGAUAAAAAAAAAAAAAAAAAAUUUUCCUUCCAAGGGUACUUCAAAAAAUCGCCAUCGUCCAUCAGCAAUGAGGACACGGACAAUCAAAAUGACCACGUGGAUGGCGACCACACGAUUGAGAGGAACGAAUCGGAGGUAGAAUUCAGCAGCAGCCAUGUAAGGACGCAGUUUUGUAAAAAUCCCUUGGGGUUGGUGGCUUAUUACCGCUGCACAGAGGGGAAGCAUACCACUUUGGAGGAUUCUUCCGGGUGCCACAGGCCUGCGUCUAUCCGCAACCACCGGGAAGAAGGUGCAGACUCCCCGUGGAUGUUCAAGCUCAAAAACAAGGAGUUAGUCGACCUGGAAAACAAGAGGGGAGAAAAGGCCAAGGCAAACUACUGUCUGAAGCUAAGUGGAAAAUCAAAGUGCUACCUCAAAGUGGAGUCAGACAACUGUUUAGAACUCCUAGGAGGAAACUACUGCACCAAUGAAAGAGCCAUAAAAAUAAAAAAAGAAAUUUCAAAAAAAUUAUGCAACGAAAACAAUGAAGGAUUUACCUUCGAAAUUGUACAUCUAGUGAUAGAAAAUGAAGAAUGUUAUUUCCUUAUCGAUUUUAAGAAUGAGAAAUUCCGAUUUGAUUCUUUUCCACUGGCACAUUUAAAAACAAAAAAAAUAAAUGACUACUAUUGGACCCACGUUUCUAUUAUCUUUAACCUAACCAUAGACCUCAUUUAUGUGAUUCUAACUGGAGAGAGUAAUUACUUUUUACGUACGUGUAAAAAUAAGUACGCCAUUUUUUAUAGCAGUGUGUUUUAUCCUACUAACUUUUUUAUUGACACUCCAUUGACCUUGCCUCUUUACCUGGGGGCCAAACCGUACACUGAGUUUGGAGACUCGGAUGGGAGUGAUGACAUGGAGGAAGAGGAAAAUAUUUUCACAAGAGAAACGAAGAGCGAAAAGAGGAGAUCUUCUAAGAGUAACAAGAGUCAUAAAGGGAAUAGCGAAUUUAUAUCCUUCCUCGUAACUGAAAUAAGGUUGUUUGCUUUAAGUAGGUCAGCCGAUUUGGUAGUUAAAGAAAGCAAAGCGGUGUUAGACUGUGCUUGGCUUGAUGGUACCAGUGAUAAAUCUACAACCGGCAGGGCAGAGCAGCAGGAGGAGGCACUAAAUGGAUUCAAGCAACAUAGCGGUCGCGGUGGCCGAAGUAGCCUACGAGAUGAGGAAGAUGCAAACAGCACAAAGAAGCAUGCCGGGAAGGGAAAGAGUGAUAACCAAUGGGGCAAACUGAGCAGCGAUGACGGAGGAGGUGAAUAUGCCGCCUUGUCUAGUGGGGUCCGGGGGAAAGGCGCCGCAGGAGAAGGGGACGACAUAAAGAACAGGUGGAAUGAAUUCAACAACGAGAUUGAGAAGAUGAGGGAGAAGUUCCACAGAUUUAGCGACGAGAUGAAGGGGGGCAGCGAUGGGAGAAGCGCCCACGGCAAAGAUGUUAGCAAUGCGAAUGGUGCCAGCACCCCCUCGCUGCGCCCGCGCAGUGGGCACACCUCACAGGAGGACUUCUUCAAAUUCGAAUCGGAAGAAGAGCAGAACGAUUGUGCAAAGGACGAUUUUUUUUUCAACCUGGACAAGAAAAACACCCAAAAGGGGAAUGCCCCCACCAGUGAGGACAUAUUUGCAAAAAAAAAAAAAAGUGAUAUGAACAAGGAAAACAAAGACAAGUCCCAUUCAAAUAAAUCUGCUCAGUUAAACACAACAGGGGGGAAGGACUAUUCUGCAUUUUAUUUUAACUUCUCUGAUGACAGUGCGGAGAAGAGGGAGGAGGAGGAGAAGGAGAAGGAAGCCCAAUUGAAUGCUAACAAGUUAGAUGCACCAGAAGAAAGUGACGAGGAGGAUCAAACAGGACAGGUGAACAAACCCUCCUUAGAAGGAGAAGAAACUCCAUCAGGAAAAAAAAAACAUACCCAUUCUGUUGAUAAGAAAAAUGCCCAAAAUGGAGGAAAGAGCCCUACGAAAAAGUACCUGAACAGUAAUGUGAUGGGGAAAAAUGGAAAUGAACCGGGAGAAGCUAGCGAUUAUAAAGAGGAAGCAGAUGUGAACAUACUGCUGAACGAACUAAAGGAUAAAUUUGAAAAAGAAUUUAUGACCAUAAUGGUAGAUAAACUGGGGCACAAGUUGGAUCUGAACAAAAAAGACAAGGAAAAAUUAUUUUCAAAUUUUAAAUUAAAUGCAAGUAAAGAAAAGGAGGAAGUUGAUUCAGGGUGCAUUAGGGAAAAGUAUGUUGCAUUACAAAAGGUAAAAGAGGACCGACAAAAAAAUAAAGUACAUGAAGAAAUAAAAGAGGAGUUAAAAAAGGUCAAGGAGCAAUCCAUUGUGGAAAAAAAUUUAAAUUGUUACAUUAAGGAUAAUCAGUUAUUGAAUGAAUAUUAUAUAAAGAAGUACGCUUAUGGUGGAGAGCAGAUUGGAGACAACGAGAAUGGAGAAAGCUUUCCUCACGACACAUGGGCGUAUGAAAAGAAAAUGAUGGGAAGGGGUGCAACGGGUGCAAUGAGUAACUCCAAUUCGGUUAGGGAAGAAUCGCACACCUCCGACAGAAGUCACUCCAUUGUGAAUUUGCAAUAUCAGGACGGAAGCCACGUCUUCGCAGAGGGGGGGGAGGAGGAGCAGGAGCAGGAGGACGGAAGCAGAUCCAGCAGCAGUGACGAGCUAACUGAACAAAUGGGCGCAAACAGAAAUGCGUACUGGCACACAGGGGAAGGGGAUCAUCACCCCAAAGAACGCAUCGAGCAGGAGGAGAAAAAGUCUGACAUCAGCGACUUCACCUUUAUGAAAAGCAGCAGUGGGCGUGGUGGUGAUGGUGGUGCCAUGCUCGGUAGUAACGACCCUACCCGCCCUCCACUACUAACACCACCGGAAGAGCUGCGAAUGGUCCCUUCGAACGACACAGACUUGUUACUUGAGGAAGGAGAAAACGAAAAGAAAAGCAUCUCGAGCCUCCUUCUGAGCGAAGAACAAUCAAAUGAAGGUGAAAAUAAAAUUAACCAAGCAAUAAAAACAGGAAAAUAUUUUUACCAAUUUAUAUGUCCACUGACCCCCUAUGAAUUAUUUCUCUUAACGAGGUUUCACAAAAAAGGAAUAAAUGAAGAGCUUAAGGAAUUCAGAAAUAAAAAGUACCUGUCGUGUGAAAAGCAAGUCAUGCCAACAGCAGCAAUUUGUAGAACCCCCCUCAACGUGGCCUACAUCAAAUACAAAAUAAAGAUUAUGAAGUCCAUGUUGAAGAGUAGCCGAAGGUAUAUUCACGAGAAAAAAUUCAAAAAGGGGCUAAAGGUUUGUAUAAAAAAUGGAGAGUACAUUAAAAAUUUUGUUAGCAGUUAUUGUGUAUUGAAAAGGAAAGGGGUGAAUGGAAACUCCUCCUCCACUCCUCCCUCGAUGAACACAUCCCAAGCAGAUGAAAACCCAUACCAGUAUUCUGAUUUGUAUUUGAAUGUGGACAAUGCAUAUAUCACCAUGGACGAGUUAAAAAAUAUUUUAAAGGCAAACGUGAGAAAUAUAAUUAUAUGUAAACUGUUUAUUUUGAUGAAGGAAUAUAAAAAGUACAAGUACAUUGAAAAUUCUUCUCUCAUUUUAGCUCUGCAGUCUGUCCUGUGCCGAAUUGUAACAAGUUAUACCCUGUUAAGAAAAAUUUUAAUCAAAUUCAUCUUGUACCUUUUUCUAAGGGGUUGUCUGAGUUGUGUAGAAUCCAUGUGUAACUUUCUCUUCCUCAUGUACCCCAAAGAACGAAACCACCCGCUUGUUGCAAAAGUUUAUGCCCUCUGCAAGAACUCCUUUUUAAUGUACUCCACCUGUUACAAGAGCAACAAGUACGCCAUGAUUAAUAAUUACGAUUUGAACUUUGAGCAGUGUGUGGAAUCUUUUUCACCAGAGUGGGGCUACUACAUCUACACGACUAGCAAUUUCAACAUCUUCUGCUCCAGUGUAAAGUUUAAUGGGUUCUUGAAAAGGGGCACGGACUUCUCCGCCGUCGAGGAGAACCAGCAGCAUGAGCAUGGACCGCAGCAGCAGGAGGUGAAGGCCAUAUGCGGCCUCGAUGUGGGUGAACCGCUCGACGGCGCACUGUCCCAUGUAGACGCAGCGCCCAGCGGAGAACCCACCAACCUGCCCGAGGAAGAACUCCCGAUUGAACCCACAAACGAAGGUCACCUCGUCACAGUCGAUGUAGGCACAGAUGUAGAAAGUAAAAACAAAAAAGGGUCCAUGAAAAACGAUUUGUACACAUACCUCACCAAUUAUGAAAAAAAAAAAAGGAGUUACUACAUCAUUGAUGAUAACAUGAAGCGAAUCGAAUUUACCAGAAAAGAAACGAAUCACAACUUGGAAACUUUUCUGCAGAUGGAAAACCCAAAUGGUAAUUCAACAGAACAGACCAAGAAGGAACAGUUAGAUCGACUGAUGAGACAAGUGAAUCGUGACGUUUGUUUAAAUUCUUCUGGCUCCUGCACAAAUGCUAAUUUUUUGGGGCAUUGUCCCCACUGUAAGCAUGCCUUUAACUUUUUCACGCGGUCGUGCAAGGUGUGCCAGCGGUACGUGCACGUGUGCUACUACCUGCUCAUUCACUGUACCUACAAGUACCACUGCGAGUUGUGUGACGCCACUUACUCGGAGAAGUGCCUGGAAAAGUUCUCAAAGGGAUUCACCUGCUUCUACUGCGGACUGUUUUUCAUCCGGAAGUGA